AUGUCGUAAACAAUUAGAAAUUCAGAUGAAUGCUAACUUACUUAGGAACUAGUCGAAAAUGUAUGAUAAAAUUUAAAUUAAGAUAAUUAACUAUUACUACAAAAUUAAUCUUUAAGAUUAAAAAAAAGAAAUUGAAGUUUAAUAUUAUAAAGUAGAGGAAGCAAUUGUUUUUUUUAAAAUCAUAUGUCAUUAUAUGGAUUAAUUGACUAUUGAACAUGAAGAAUUAUUAAAUUAAUAUUAAAAUUUAGAAUAACAAUUGAUUUAAAAAGAAGCUGAAACAAGACGACAUAUUUAAAUUGAAUAAUAAUUAAAACUUUAUGCUGAAAGUUUAUUAGAGAAUUCUGAAGAAUUUUAAAAAUAAAUAGAUAAUUUAAAUAACUAAAUUAUAGUACAUAUAUUAAAUAUAAGACAAUCUCUAAAGAAAAUGUUAGUCUAAAAUAAUAAAUAAGAGCAAGUAGAAAUGAGAGAGUAUUAACUGAUACUAGUUAAGAAAGAUUAAAUUCUUUAAUUUCGUAAUAGAAAUCAUUACUAAAUGAGAUUCCAUUGAAAAAUCUCAAAAAAAGAUCAUUAGAAUCAUAAAAGUAAAAAAUAUAUUAAUAUUUCAGAUUUAGAAUUUCAUAAACAUAAAAUAAUGAUAGAAUAUAAAUGAUUUGUAAUAUAUACUAAAAAAAGCCAUCAUUACAAGUUAAGCAAAGAUCAAAUACUAUACAUGUAACAGAAUUUCCAACAAAAGUAUAAAAAAUAUAAAAAUAAAGAACAAAUAUAUGA